AUGAAGAACUUAGAUAACAAUUAUACAACUGUUGAACAACAUAUAUACUACACGCAUUUAGAUGACAAAUUUUCUACGAAAACUUCAGCUUGUUUUAAGAAAUGUUACAAUCUAUCGCCAAAUUCAAAGGAAAUUCUUUUUUUUACUGAAAUUCUUGUCUGUAUUGCUUUAAUAUGGACAUGUUAUUGCUUCAAUACUUAUAUUGCCACAGUUGAAAUAUGGAAUAAUGAGAUAGAUAACAUAUAUGAGGGGUCAACUUUUAGGUCCAGUAGAUCACUAAGCAAAGAAGAAAACAAAAGUUUAAUAAAUAAUAAACACUGUACAAAAAACAUAGCUGAUUUAUUAGAAUUAGACAAAGAUGCUAUAGAAAAAGAGUAUGCGUCAUUAGUGUCCUAUGGUUUAAAAAAUAACACUUUUAAACUGAACAUAUUUGGAAAAUACACGCCACAAGUAUCAAAUUUUGUGAACCAAAUAAAUAAAACGAUUGAUUUAGAAUUACUGCGUGCCUUAAAAUUAGAUUAUUAUUUUUAUCAAGACAAAAAUUACUCCGUUUCUGUGAAGAAAUCGAAACUUCAUCAGAUUAAACUGUUCUUUUGUAAAUAUAAAAUAUUUAUACCCCAUAUCAUUCUCUUUUUGGGAGCUAUUAUAGCUUCAUCACUUAGAGAACCUUUUUCUUCAGUUAUUUUAAUUAUUAUGCUGUUCAUAUUGAUAACAUAUUUUUUUGAAAGAACACGAAAAUGCAUAUAUAUUGUGGACAUGCAAAGAAAAUAUAAGAACACCCUCCUUGGUUUUGUGGAUUAUUAG